GCUCAAGCCGCCCUCUUCCGCGGCUCUUGCCUCGCCGACCCCGGUGACCCCGCAACGAGCGGAUGACUCACGUGGUCUUCUUCAACCUCGGAUCAGCGGGGCACAUCAACCCCACGCUGCCGCUGGUGGGCGAACUGCGCGCAAGGGGCAUACAGGUCACCUACUUUGUGGACGAAGGCCUCAAAGAGGUCUGCGAGGCCGCGGGCGCCCAGUGGCGCCACUUCCAGUCGGUGAACCGCGCCACGGAGCGGCAGCUCGCCAGGUACGGCGCGGACGACGUCGCUUCGAGCGCGUCCGGGGACUUGAGCCGGGAGUUUCCCGUGAGCUCGCUGGCCGUGGCCGCCGACACGCUACCCGCCGUCAUCCAGGAGCUGCGUGACUUGGAGCCCGCGGUUUCGGUGGUGGUCUACGACUCCUACGUCGCCCAUGCCAUGGUGGCGGCGCAGGUCCUGGGGAUCCCCUACUUGGCCAUGUUCCCCAUGCCAGGCCCUGGCGUGCUGGUCCGCCCGGACAGCGUCAUCGCUUCGUGGGAGACCAGCGAGGUGACCCGCCAAGCGCGGGAGGAGAUCCUCGCGGCCUAUGAGGUGGACAUCUUGGAGCGUGGAGGGCUCAUGGAGUUCUACUCUGCACAUGGGAAUCUCUGCACCACGGUGGGGCCGCUCUUUGUGCCUCUGGCUUCCGCCAUGCAGAAGCAGCGCUUCGAUGGCUUCCCCUGGCACUGCGUGGGGCCCCUGCUGCCGAAAGAGCAGAAAAGUCGGGUGGCCCAUCCCCUGGCGAAGGCGGACGAGCUGCCCGUAGAGGCGUUGGCUGCUGGCCGGCCGGUGGUGCUGCUCUCUUUGGGCACUGUGGCCACAGGCACCUUCUGGGCCACCAAGUUUGGGAAGCAGGCCCUCCUGAACGGCCUGGCGGAGCUGGCGGGCCGUGACUUCGCGCGCUUCGUGUUCCGAGUCGCCUUCGAGGCGCUGGGCCAGGAGGACAUCCUGGUGGUGCUCGUCACGGGCCCCCAAGAUGACGCCUUGGAAGGCGUGGAGGAUGCCCCGUCGAACUUUGUGCUGCGGCGCGCAGUGCAGCAGCUGGAGGUGCUGCCAAAGUGCCAGGCCUUCAUCACCCACGGGGGCGCCAACAGCGUGCACGAGGCUCUGAGCCUGGGGAUUCCCUUAGCCGUGGUGCCCAUGUUCGGCGACCAGCCGAUCAACGCGGAGAAGGUGGCCAACAUCGGCGCUGCGGUGUCCUUCUGUGAGCCGCUGAAGACGCUGACGCCCGAGAGCCUGCGGAGGGCGGUGCGGCAGCUGCUCGAAGAGGGCAGCCCUUUCCGCUCAGCAGCCCAAGGCUUGCAGCGGCAGAUGGCAAGCGCGCCGGGAGUGAAGGGGGCGGUGGACAUCAUAUUGGAUGUCGGUAAAGGGGCGCGGCCCAGCCCCAGGGCCUGUCUCUCGACUGGUCUGGGCGGUGCAUGACGAGCUUUACGAAUCCGACGGAUUCGCAUUUCUUGGCGCCGUUUUUGGGCACUCCUUUGGACUUCACCAUGGUGAGCGGAGCCCACAUGCUGGGCUGUUCAGAGGCCCCAGGCGCAGUUGGCUGCACGGUACCAACCCGCAGCUUAAUUAACGGUUCAGCCAAUCGUGUACCGUCAGAAUUCAAGAGCUCACGGGAGACAGAAGGAUCUCACUCAGCUCUUGCCUUAGCUUGCCUCAAAUUUGGCCUCAAAUCCGCUGUUGGUGCCGCUUGGGAUCGCCAAUAUCGCCGUAAACAUUGAAGAACAGUC